AUGAGCUCAGCUUAUAAUUUGGUCAACAGUAGUAAAUUAAAACUUAAAGGAGCAUCAGGGAAACAUAAAAAGAAAAAGCGAAAAAUGCAUCAAAAAUCAUCAGCUGUUAGUGAUAAUACCAAAGAAACCUUGGAUACCGUGGGCAAAUGGUGGGCUGUUCAAAAGCUAGAACAGAUUAAGGGUUGUGUUUCUAUAGAAAUGAAAGAUCAACGUUAUUUAUUUGCAAUGGAUAAUGGUUCGUUUAAACUUGGAGAUCCACGUCCUAGUGGACCUGUGGCAGAGGAAGUAUUUACAGCCGUCAAUCUAAGUGAGAGAAGGAUUGCCUUAAAGUCUGGAUAUGGAAAGUAUGUAUCUGUUAGAAAAGAAGGUAAUAUCGUAGGACGUGCUGACGCGAUUGGACCACUAGAACACCUUGAACCUGUAAUAGAUGGCACCAAAUGUGGCCUGCAGGCCUUUAAUGAAAACUUUCUCGGUGUUCAUGAGGACGAUAUGAUCGCAGCAUUAAACAGAACUAUCGGAGAUGCUGAAAAUCUCAAGAUUAGAACAAAUACAGAAAGGGAAACUGGAGUUAAGAAAGCCAAACAGGAUGAAAGUUUAGGAGGCGUUGUAAACUGUGAACUUAAUUAUGUGAAAAUGUAUCAGAGUUUUGGCGAUCACAAAUUACGGUUAAAUACGGAUAAUCCUGGCACACUAAAAAAAGCUAGAAAGACGGGCAGUUUUCAUGAAGAGCUGCUUGACAGGAGAGAAAAGAUGAAAGCAGACAGAUACUGCAAAUAA